AUGGCUGAGGCGCGUAGUGCUGCUGCGCUCUCAUUCCAAGUAACACACGAUGGUGUUUCGGUUAGUUAUGACCAAGAGCUAUUGAGAGAUAUAUGGCAUGCCUUCCAACGAGGCUAUAAGCGUCGUGUAGGUAGAUUCAAGAAUAACUUUAUCGCUGGACUUUUCCCAGCUAACACACUAACAUUCAGUCUUGUCGUCGCUGCAAUCUCCGUUUUUUCAGUUUUACGUAAAGAUUUAUCAUUUGGCAUUGUGCCCUUCAUUCAGCAUCAUAUUUUAUCUUUUAUUUUUGGAGAAGGAAUCAUCGGACAAAGUCUAUCGGUUUUGAUUUCCGGAGCUCUCAUUUGGUUCGUGUUAGUGCAGGUUCUUCGAUUUUCUAUCAAGUUCCUUCUGACGUAUAAGGGAUGGAUGUACGAACAGCCAGGAAAGUCCGUUUCCACUCCAACAAAGUUAUGGCUGGGGCUUCUCCACCUCAUUUCCAAAUCAGAACCUAUGCUACAUUCAUUCCAAGGAGCUCUUCCCCAUCUUCCUUUACCUUCGUUAGACGAAACAGUUUCGAGACAUCUGCGUUCUAUGAAGCCCAUUCUGAGUGAACAAGAGUAUGCUGAGCUUGAAUUUCUUUCUGAAAGAUUUAGAAAAGGUGUUGGACGUCGGCUUCAAAGAUACCUUGUUCUCAAAUCGUGGUUGUCAACCAACUAUGUCACUGAUUGGUGGGAGGAAUUCGUUUACAUGAGACAGAGAAGUCCUAUCAUGAUUAAUAGUAACUAUUACGGAUUUGACACUCUUAACGAGCAUCCUACUACGAACCAAGCUGCUCGUGCUGCCAACAUCACGUGGGCUGCAAUCCAAUUCAGAAGACUUGUUGACCGUCAGGAAGUCACACCUUUCUCUAUCUCUCCAAAGUCCAAAGUACCGUUCUGUACCAUGCAAUAUGAACGCCUGUUCAAUAGUUGUCGUAUUCCCGGAGAAGAAGUUGAUCGUUUUCUGCAUUGGGAUGAUGCCAAGCAUGUCGCAGUACUUUGUAACGGAUGUUGGUUUAAAGUUAUUGUUCACAACGGAAUUAGAUUAUUAGGAGCUGCUGAGUUGCAAUACCAAUUUGAUGAAAUUGUAAACCAUAAACCUGAUCCUGCUGAAGGAGAAGAUCGUUUGGCUGCACUUACUGCUGGCGAUCGACAACCUUGGUCAUCCACUCGCCGUGCAUUCUUCCGUUCUGGAAUUAACAAAACCAGUCUGAAUGAUAUUGAAAGAGCUGCUUUCGUUGUAAUUUUGGACGGUGAAGAAGUUCAUUACGAUCCGAAUGAUCCAUCAAAGCUUGACCACUGGGCACAUAAUCUUCUUCAUGGCAAAGCCUAUGAUAGAUGGUUUGACAAAUCGUUCAACCUUAUUAUUUCUAAGAAUGGUCAUGUUGGUUGUAACACUGAACACUCUUGGGGAGAUGCUGCUGUUACAGCUCAUUUCAUGGAAUGGUGUCUUCUCCGAGAUAUCGUCUUCAUUGGUUACGAUGAGAAGGGAAACACUAAGGGAGACAUGGAAGUCAAAAUUAAACCUGAAAGACUGAAAUGGUCUAUUCCCGAGCCUGCCUUAGAGCAAAUCGAAAAAUCUUUAACUGUUGCAAACGAUCUGAUUGCUGAUGUUGAAAUGGCUCUUCUUGUAUGGACCGAUUAUGGAAAAGGCUUUGCUAAGAAACUUGGAGUUUCACCCGACGCUUUCCUGCAAAUGUGUCUUCAGUAUACUUACUAUAAGAACCAAAAUAAGUUCUCACUAACCUAUGAAGCCUCAAUGACUCGCCUCUAUCGUGAAGGUCGAACUGAAACAGUUCGCUCAUGCACUGUAGAAUCGAGUGAGUUCGUACUAGCUAUGCAGGAUAAAAACAAAACUCGCGAAGAACGCUUGGCUCAUUUGAAAACUGCAUGUAACCGUCAUCAGGAGCUUUACCGUGAUGCCAUGUGUGGUAAAGGGGUUGAUCGUCAUCUGUUCGCUCUAUACGUUAUUAAGCGCUAUCUCGAAGAGGAGUCCCCAUUCUUCGAUAAAAUAUUCCCUCCAUCAUAUCUGUUGUCCACCAGUCAAACACCAUUGAACCAAUGCGAAACUGAUAUGGAAGGAAUGUCGUCAGAUGCUAAACUUAGAUUAGUAUCUGCUGGAGGUGGUUUCGGACCUGUAGCUGAUCGUGGUUAUGGAGUCUCUUACAUCGUAGCUGGUGAAAAUCAGCUUUCCUUCCACAUUUCUAGCAAACGUUCAGCUGAUAACACUAGUUCACAAGAGUUCAGGGAAGAGUUGAAGAGAACACUGGAAGAAAUGAAAAACCUUAUGUUUUUGUCACGGGUUUUCUGUUCGUCGUUUGUCCGAGUACACGAUACAGCAAUUCUUAGUGUGGCUUUAAAAGAGGCUUUAAGUCGUUCGUGUAUUGUUCAACCGGACUUCAUCAGUCAAGAAGAAGAGGCUGCUAUCUUUAAGGAAGUUGAACCUCACAUGAAACGUCUUCGGUACGAGAAGAGUCAUUGGGACGAUGCUAUUCAUCUAUAUAGGGAAAGAGAACAAAAGAAAUGGAGUCCAUUAGCGGAACAAGUUAUUCAAAGGAUUAGGAAGCAUUCAUUCCCUCAAACAGCUGACCAUUUGACACAUGUUCACAUACUUGAUCUUCAUGAGGAUGGAGUAAUCAAACCUCACAUAGACAGUGUUAGAUAUUGUGGUAAUGUGAUCACAGGAAUUAGCCUUCUCUCAGACUGCGUCAUGAGGCUUCGUCACAAAGAUGACCCUGAUAAACUAAUAAUUGAUUUAUUUUUACAAAGAAGGUCACUUUAUCGCUUGGGGGAACAAUACCGAUACGACUUCACUCAUGAGGUUCUCGCCAAUAAAGAUUCCGUCUUCGAGAACAAGCCUGUGAAAAAAGGAAGAAGGAUUUCUAUCAUAUGCAGGGAUAGGCCGAUGAUUGAAGAUAAUAUUGAAGAGAGCUUACGUUUAAAACCUAUUCCGCUUGAGGAGACAUAA